CAUUUACCUAAGUUGCCCAAAAAAGGAGGAACAAAUAGUCUUUUGGGCUGGACCAUACAAGAAGGAAGAAUCUUCAAUUCACUCUAUGUGGUAUAUCCUCAAUUCCAUAUAUUGUAGCAAAAGCCAAAUGCCCAAAUCCAAUUGAAUUCCCACCACAAGUUACAACUGUCAUUUUCCUCUUAUUUAGCUCAUUCUCCUUUUGUACAAGGCCCUUGAAAUUCAUGCCAAAAAAAGCAGAAGUGGAAACAAUCUUGAAAUUACGAAAAUGAGUUCUGGAGCUAUUCUUACCACCCCUUAUUUAUCUUUCACUUCAAUUUCCUAUUCCAAGAAAUUCACAUAUCCUAAACUUGGCACUAGCUCUGGCAUUAACUAUGCUAUUCGUUGCUCAACUUCAAGUCCUGGUUUGCCAGUUACAACAGAAAGACUUAGGAAUGAUACUCAUUUGACUGGUGGAGCAUUUGAUUUUGAAAGAGCCACAACCUCUCUAACUAAAAAAGUGUUAGCUACACCGAAGAAAGUUACUCUUGUACGACAUGGUCUCAGCUCUUGGAAUGAAGAAGGUAGAAUUCAGGGAAGCUCAAACUUAUCUAUACUUUCUGAAAAAGGAGCAAUGCAAGCAGAAAGGUGUAAGAUGGCCUUGGCUGAUAUGCACUUUGACCAAUGUUUCGCUAGUCCAAUAUCACGCGCCAAGACGACCGCUGAAAUCAUAUGGCAAGGAAAGGAAGAGCCUCUGGUUUUUCUUGAUUCCUUGAAGGAGGCCCAUCUAUAUUUUCUUGAAGGCAUGAAAAAUGAGGAUGCCAAGCGCAUAUAUCCAAAGGAGUAUACAACUUGGAGAGAAGAUCCAUCUAAUUUUUGUGUAGAUGGUGUAUACCCUCUUGAGGAAAUAUGGGGAACAGCACAUGAAGCAUGGAAAGAAAUUUUACUGACACCAGGAGAGCACUUUUUGGUUGUGACACACAAAUCUAUUUUACGAGCAUUGAUCUGCACAGCUCUUGGACUAGGACCGGAACGGUUUCGUUCAGUGGAUAUAAAUAAUGGAGGAUUAUGUGUGUUCAAAUUCAACAAAGAAGGAGAAGCCAUGCUUCAUUCCCUGAACAUGACAGCACAUAUGUACACUGACCACAUCUACCACUAUUAAGAUCAACUGGUACAAGGACUGGACGGACAAUGAAGAUUACAUUUGCUAUUGAAACAAUAGAGAACCGCAUCAGACCUGAAUAGUUGUCUGUGUAGCAUGUGAGUUACGAAUCAUUGAACUUUUGAAUAUUAGUUUAGUUAGAACUUCAUUAAUUCAAGAACAGCUGAAAAAGUUGUGGCAUGUUCUUGUGAUAUAACCGUUACGAAGUUGAUUGAAAUGCAGAGUUCAUCAUUUCUUCCAGAAUGAAA